CAUCCUCAGGAGCCCUCCUGGAAGGCUACCAAGAUGAGACGGUUCUGCCUCUCUGCAGCCCUUCUCGUCCUCCUGGUUAUCCUGGUGGACAGCACCCCGCUGAAUAUACACCAUAUCCAGGAUGAAGGUCCGGAGACAAACCACACACAGGAACUUGAGACGUGUUCAGUAGUAAAUGUGGUUAAAAGUGUCCUCGGCGGUGUGAUUACAGGUACUAAGAUUAUUGGAAAUGGAGCCAGUGUACUGACAGGAUUGGCUGAAAUAAUCAACAAAGCACUUAAAGGUCAGGUGAUGAUUUCGGGAAUACAAUUCGAUAACCAUACACAAGAGGAACUGCCAAUGCUCGAGAUUGAAUACUCAACACUCAGUGAGGAGAUCAAAGGUGUGGAGACAAUCCAUAAACAGGGCAUUGAGAAGCGUGCAGUACUACCCGUGGUUAAAGGUAUCCUCGGCGGUGUGCUUAAAGGUGUCAAGAUUUUUGGAAAGGGAGCCAGUAUACUAACAGGAUUGGCUGAAAUCGUCAAGAAAGCACUUAAAGGUCAGGUGAUGAUUUCCGGGAUACAGUUCGAUAACCACAUGCCAGAGGAAUUGCCAACACUCGAGAUUGAAUACUCAACACUCAGUGAGGAGAAUGAAGGUGUGAAGACAAGCCACAAACACGGCCUUGAGAAGCGUUCAAUAAGAAAAGUGUUUAAAAAGAUCCUCGGUGGUGUGAUUAAAGGUUCCAAGAUUGUCGGAAAGGGAGCCAGUAUACUAGGAGGAUUGGCUAAAAUACUGAACAAAACAAUGAAAGAUGAGGUGAUGAUUUCAAGAAUACAAUUCUAUAACCAUACACAAGAGGAAUUGCCAACACUAGAGAUUGAAUAUACAAUACUCAGUGAGGAGAAUAAAGGUGUGGAGACAAGCCAUAAACAGAAACUUGAGAAGCGUGCAGUACUACCUGUGCUUAAAGGUAUCCUCGGCGGUGUGCUUAAAGGUGCCAAGAUUUUCGGAAAGGGAGCCAGUAUAUUAACAGGAUUGGCUGAAAUAGUCAAGAAGGCACUUAAAGGUCAGGUGAUGAUUUCUGGGAUACAGUUUGAUAACAGUACUCAAGAGGAAAUGCCAACACUCCAGAUUGAAUACUCAACACUCAUUGAGGAGAAUGAGGGUGUGGAGACAAUCCAUAAACAGGGCAUUGAGAAGCGUUCAGUACUACCCGUGGUUAAAGGUAUCCUCGGCGGCAUGCUUAAAGGUGUCAAGAUUUUCGGACAGGGAGCCAGUAUACUAACAGGAUUGGCUGAAAUCAUCAAGAAAGCACUUAAAGGUCAGGUGAUGAUUUCCGGGAUACAGUUUGAUAACAGUACUCGAGAGGAAUUGCCAACACUCGAGAUUGAAUACGCAACACUCAGUGAAGAGAUCACAGGUGUGGAGACAAUCCAUAAACAGGGCAUUGAGAAGCGUUCAGUUAAAGGUAUCCUCAGCAGAGUGCUUAAAGGUGUCAAGAUUUUCGGAAAGGGAGCCAGUAUACUAACAAGAUUGGCUGAAAUCAUCAAGAAAGCACUUAAAGGUCAGGUGAUGAUUUCUGGGAUACAGUUUGAUAACAAUAUGCAAGAAGAAAUGCCAACACUCCAGGUUGAAUACUCAACACUCAUUGAGGAGAAUAAAGGUGUGGAGACUAGCCAUAAACAGAGACUUGAGAAGCGUGCAGUACUACCUGUGGUUAAAGGUAUCCUUGGCGGCGUGCUUAAAGGUGUCAAGAUUUUCAGACAGGGAGCCAGUAUACUAACAGGAUUGGCUGAAAUCAUCAAGAAAGCACUUAAAGGUCAGGUGAUGAUUUCCGGAAUACAAUUCGACAACCAUACACAAGAGGAAUUGCCAACACUCCAGAUUGAAUACUCAACACUCAGUGAGGAGAAUAAAGGUGUGGAGACAAGCCAGAAGCGGGUACUUGAGAAGCGUUCAGUAGUACAUGUGGUCAAAAGUAUCCUUGGCGGUGUGAUUAAAGGUACCAAGAUUUUCGGAAAGGGAGCCAGUAUACUAACAGGAUUGGCUGAAAUAGUCAAGAAAGCACUUAAAGGUCAGGUGAUGAUUUCCAGAAUACAGUUCGAUAACCAUACGCAAGAGGAAUUGCCAACACUCAAUAUGGAAUACUCAGCACUCAAUGAGGAGAAUAAAGUUUCCCCAGCUUUUAUGCCUGCUUUCUGCAUGGAGCCUAAAUUUGUGGGUGUCUGCAAGGCCUCGAUGACCAGGUACUUCUACAAUGCCCAGACCGGGCACUGUGAGCUGUUUGUAUAUAGCGGUUGCGGAGGAAACGAAAACAACUUCCCAACAUUGGAGGAGUGCAUGAAGACCUGCUAUCCAAAGGCACAGUCCCUGUGAGGACAUGCGAAGAGGAGUCCCGAAACUCUGAUGUCCGAGGAGGACUCCUGCAGGGUGGGCUGUGUCUGCAUCUGAACCUCUUCAGUCUCCUCGCAGUCCUUCUCUCCCUACCCUCCUCAGCAGAGCGUGCCUAUUUCCUUUCCUCUACUGGUCAACAUGUCUAAUUCUGUUCUAUCCAGGUGGCUGUCAUCACAGUGAGAGCAUGUCUUCCUUUUACCCCUAGCACUUCACACAGUUCCUGACACCAAAGAGGCUGUUUAUAAUUAUUUGAGUAAGGAAGGAGUAAGGUAGGAACACAUUCCUCAUGACAUUAACUCAGAGCCUGCAGUGUAACACAGGAUUUUUGUUUUCACCCCCAUCCUCAUGGCAUCCUCACCUUCAUCCCUGUCCCCACCAUCACUGCUCUCCUUGUGGGUGUCCAAGAUGGUAUUUCCAGCAUCCAGUUCUGAGCAUCAGUCAUGAGAGAAGAGUUUCAUUUAAAAAUGUUUCUUGAUCAUACAAUGAUUUGCAAUUUUCAUUUCUGUAGCCUCAAGCACUAUGGGUUAUAUUUUAAUAAAUGCACAUUCAAAAUUAAA